CGCUCCCCUUACGCCCGGACCGUUGCCCCCUGGGUGUGCAGAAGACCCCGUGAAGCUGCUAUAUAGUACUACUAGUACUCCUUUACUUCCUCGUUAACGGCCUUUACUGUCUUCAAGAUGAAAGGACCCACUCAUGUGCAGCUGAACACCGGGGCGCAGAUGCCCAUUCUGGGGCUGGGCACAUGGAAGUCUCCCCCUGGCAAGGUGACAGCAGCCGUGGAAAAGGCCAUCGAUGUUGGCUACAGACACCUCGAUUGUGCCUAUGUGUAUCAGAAUGAGAACGAGGUGGGCGAGGGCAUCCAGAAGAAAAUCAAAGAGGGAGUGGUGAAGAGAGAGGACCUGUUUAUCGUGAGCAAGCUGUGGUCGACUUUCCAUGACAAGUCCCUAGUGAAGGAGGCUGUUCAGAAGACUCUCUCUGCACUGAAGCUGGAUUAUUUGGAUCUCUAUCUUAUCCAUUGGCCUACAGGAUUUAAGGCUGGUGAUGCUUUAUUCCCCAACGAUGAACAAGGAAUGGUGAUUGCAAGUGACACAAAUUUUUUGGCUACGUGGGAGGGUAUGGAAGAACUGGUGGAUACUGGAAAAGUGAAAGCAAUUGGUAUCUCAAACUUUAACCAUGAUCAGAUUGAGCAACUCCUGAAUAAGCCAGGCUUAAAAUACAAACCCGCUGUUAACCAGAUUGAAUGCCAUCCGUACCUGACUCAGAAGAAGUUAAUAUCUUACUGCGAGUCCAAAGGAAUUGUGGUCACUGCGUACAGUCCUCUGGGAUCCCCAGAUCGUCCUUGGGCCAAACCGGAAGAUCCAUCUCUUCUUGAUGAGCCAAAAAUCAAAGACAUUGCUGCAAAGCACAAGAAAACUUCAGCCCAGGUACUGAUCCGUUUCCCUAUCCAGAGGAACGUUGUUGUCAUCCCAAAAUCUGUAACUCCACAGAGAAUUGAAGAGAAUUUCCAGGUGUUUGACUUUGAGCUGUCCCCUGAGGAGAUGGACACAAUCUUUAGCUUUGAGAGAGGCUGGAGAGUGUGUGCACUGUCAUCGGCCAAACACCACAAGGAUUAUCCAUUUCUUGCAGAAUAUUAAGCAGGAUUUCCAGUAAUCUAUCUAGGUUUUUUUCAGUCUUGUUUGCAUUUUUACACUUUGAUAUGUUUUUUUUGUUUAAGUUUUCAGUUUACAUUAUAACUAACCAGAAUAUAUAUAUAUAUAUAUAUAUAUAUAUAUAUAUAUAUAUAUAUAUAUAUAUAUAUAUAUAUAUAAUUACACUCACUAUUGGAACAAAUUUAUACGUUUCUUUUGAAUAUGUGUAAAUAGUUACUAUAGAAAGAGAGUUUUACACCAAACCUCAUAUUCAACUCCAAUUGUGCCUUAAUUAUUGCUUGUUUAAUAAACCAUAAGUAUUUUUUUUUCUUGUAGCAGUAAAUGUAUUAUUUGCACAAGACGUUCAAUUCUGAAUCAAGCAAGGUCAAUAAAACAAUGGUUCUGUACUACUUGGCAGCACUCCUGAAACUCUGUACCUAUCCCCUACGACUAAUGAGUUAUGUGACGGUCCUAAAUCAUAAUAAACAUCUGUUUUGUCAA